GGUUGCAAGCGACAUCGUGAAAUAAAACUGGUCUUUCGAGUGUCGUCAGAUCUGUCAUCCGACAAAUUGGUCUGAGGAGAAAACGCUACACUAAAACAUCAAAAAAACACUGCGUAUUUGCGUAACAGUAUUAACUAAACGCAUAAUCCUUUUCAGGACAGUUGUUUAUCUUGAAAAUCUAUCAGGGAAUGUUUGAAAUGACGAAGCUUACAACUUUACUGUUGGAAACAUCUUGACCAAUCAUCAAAAAAUGGGCACAGAAGUGCCAAAAACUCAUGACUCAAGUGGUGGUACUGAUUCAAACAGUGAUUCAGAGAACAGCAGCUCCAGCGAUUCAUCUGGAAGUGAUUGGGAAUGUACCGGUUCAAAGCAAGGCUCUACCCGUAAACCACAUUUCUCAGUCACAUCAUGUGACACUGGAUUAAAACUGAAAAUUGCUGCUAUUCCACCUCGUAAAGUCACACCCAAUAAGACUGUACGACCUUUGGGAAAGAAGAAGGCUGAGGAAGAGUCAAAAACCACCAAAACAAAGGAAAAAGUCAGUGUGAAAAAGAAAAAUUCUCAAUUAUCAGAUACAAGUUCGAGUUCAGAAGUAUGUAGCAAAUGCUCAAGUGAUUCAUCGAGUGAGGAUGAUUUGCCGCUUAAAGCGGUGAAAAAAACAUUACCAGCGAAGUGCUCCCCUCAAAAGAGUGUAAAAAGUGGUAGGAACUCUGGUGUUAAGAGUGACAGUGAUGGACAUAGAAAUUCAAGUGAUGAUAAAGAUGUUGCAUCCAAAAAGGAUGGCAAGGACAAACCAAGUGUGUUUAAGACUAAUAGUAAUGUGAAAAAGACUAAAAGUGAAGAUACCAACCAAGAAACUACAGCAAAACGAGGGCAGAGGCAGCGGACUAAGGUAAACUGA